AUGGCUGACAACGGCUUGCUGGUUGAUGGUCUGGUCUGGUUGCCAGACCCGCACCAGACAUUUGUCAAAGGACGUAUUAUCGAGACAAUAAAUGACGGAAGACAGGUCAAAGUGAGACCUGAAAAUUCACAGGAAGAUCCCAUCAUUUUGGACAUCGACAAGAUUGAUCGUUGCAAUCCUCCACACUUUGAUAAGUGUCAGGAUAUGGCUUCGAUGACGUAUCUUAGCGAGCCUUCAGUUGUUAACAACCUUAUGUUACGAUAUAAAGAAGACUCUAUUUACACCUGUUCCGGUCUGUUUCUGGUUGCAAUCAACCCUUACAAGGAAUUGAAUAUUUACGAUAAGAGUUUCAUUAGUAUGUAUAAGGAUUCCAGGUCAAACAAGAGUGAUUCAUCCGAGAAAUAUAAGAAGCUAACCAGCUGCAAGCCACAUAUUUUCGCUAUUAGUGAAGAGGCCUUCCAAAACUUGAUCACUGACGGCAAGGAUCAAAGCGUUUUGGUCACUGGAGAGUCGGGAGCCGGUAAGACGGAGACUACAAAGAAAGUGAUUCAAUACCUUCUCGCGGUCGUUUCCACAGACAAGGAUAAUUCCACACCUUCUAGUUUCGAAAGCCAAAUAUUGGAAGCCAACCCGAUACUUGAAAGUUUCGGUAAUGCUCAGACAGUGAAAAAUCUCAACUCCUCAAGAUUUGGCAAAUUCAUCAAGAUUCAUAUUCAACACUCUACAAGGCGACUGGUGGGUGCUCAUAUUGACUGGUAUCUAUUGGAAAAAUCACGAGUUGUUCUUCAAGAUAAAAAAGAGAGAAAUUAUCAUGUGUUUUAUCAAUUCCUCAAAAGUGCACCUGAAAGCGAGCUCAAAAAGCUCAGAUUAACCCGUUCAGUUCAGCAGUAUGGCUACCUCAAAGACACCAACUAUGCCGUCGCUGGGAUAGAUGACAAGGAGGAGUACCUUAGACUUCAAAAAGCUUUGGAGGUGAUGAACUUCAGCAAGGAAGAAAAGCGCGACAUCUUCAAAGUCAUUGCCACCAUUUUGCAUCUAGGAAACCUCACCUUCAGAAACCGUAGUCAAGACGACCGGCAGGCCAGUUUCAGCGACGACGCUCCCUUGAGUAUAGUCUCUGAGCUUCUGGGAGUGUCAGAAAAUGAUAUCAGAACCGCCCUAUUAACAUCCAAGGUUAAAGCUGGAAGAGAAUUUGUUACUCAGCAACGUACGGCCUCGCAAGCCAAAUUUGCUAUCGAUGCACUUUCGAAGUCAUUAUACGAACGUUUGUUCCAGUUCUUGGUGGAUAAGAUCAACGACAAUUUCAGCCGUAACUCCCUACUAUCAAUGGAGGCACAGAAUUUUGUGGGCAUUCUUGAUAUUGCAGGGUUUGAGAUCUUUGAGAGAAAUUCUUUUGAGCAACUAUGCAUUAACUAUACCAACGAGAAGUUACAGCAGUUCUUCAAUCACCAUAUGUUUGUCUUGGAACAAAGCGAAUAUCUGCGGGAGGGUAUCAGCUGGAACUAUGUUGACUUUGGUCAGGAGCUCAAGCCCACGAUCGAACUGAUUGAAGGAUCUUCCUCCAACAAGAUUGGAAUAUUCUCUUUACUGAAUGAGGAAUGUGUCGUUCCUAAAGGAUCAGAUACCUCUUUUCUCGAAAAACUGCACCGAGAGUUACACUCUAAAACGAAUCAAAAGAACCCUAGGUACAGGCCAAGCAAACUUAGAGACGGAUUCGUUGUUCAACACUAUGCUGGGACAGUUGAAUAUUCUGUGGAUGGCUGGCUUGACAAGAACAAAGACCCGCUUAGUAGCACUCUUGUUGAGAUUCUGUCAGGGUCCAAAGACAAGUUUGUCAAAGGACUGUUUGAUUCCUCAAUUGAAACAAAUUUCACAAACUCCCCAGUCAAAGGAGGUCAAAGAAGAGGUGGAAGGUUCAGAACUGUCGCGCAGAGACAUAAAGAACAACUCAACGAUUUGAUGAAGCAACUGUCUGCCACCCACCCUCACUUUGUGAGAUGUAUCUUGCCCAACACAAAUAAAAUGCCAGGAGAGUUUGAUAAAAGGCUUGUUCUCGAGCAACUUAGAUGCAAUGGUGUUUUGGAAGGAAUUCGUAUAGCCAGAUCUGGAUAUCCCAAUAGAAUUGAAUUUGACCAGUUUGCGGAGACUUAUUGGCUUCUGGCUAAGAAUACAGUCUCUUCAAGAAACUUGAGAAGGAGGAGCAAAGACAUCUGUGAAAUCAUUCUCAAUGAUUUGCACCUGGAUCCUGAGGUUUACAAGAUUGGUACAACUAAGCUGUUUUUCCGUAAUGGAGUCCUUGCAAAGCUGGAGAAAGAAAAGACAAGAAAGUUGUCAGCAAUAGUCUCUCAGUUUAAUGCCGUUGCACGAGGAGUGAUAUUGAGGGAGAAAACCAGAGCUCAAUUAGCAAAGAUGCAAGCCUCUCGUAUUAUAGCAAAAAACUUUACCGUUUACAACACCGUCUCCAGCGAUCCAUGGUUUAGGAUCGUUUCUCAAGUGAAGCCUUUGCUUGCAGAUUCCAAUUCGUCACAGUCCUUCUUUAAUCAGAGGAUAAGGUCACUGGAGAAGAAGAUUAAUGCCCUAAAUGCGGAAAAGGAAAUGGAGGCGCAAACAAAGAAUAAACUCUCGGAGGAGCUUGCGUCAGUAACACGAGCAAUUGAAAUUGAUAGGAAAUUACUAUCGGACAAGACCAAAAAUUUGGAAACGCUACAGGUUAAUCAUGUCAAGCUUGAAAAACAAUUGAUGGAUAAAGAGACGGAUAUACGGGAGCUCCAGGAUGACUGUAAAGCUUCUAAGACAGCAUUUGAGCAAGAAAAAAAGCAGCUUCUUGAUCAAAUUGGUACUUUGACUGGGGAGCUGGAAGCAAACAGUAAAGAUGCACACUCUCUUAGGGAGCAAAUCGAAUCUUUGAGAAAAUUGUCUGUGGAGAAGGAUGAACGGAUUAGACAACUUGAAGCAGCCCUUGAAUCUGCAAAUGCUGACCUAGAAAAGAAACUCAAACAAAAGGUAUGUUCAAACCGGCGACGGGAUAUCGAAAAUGAUGUUCUCUAUCAUUUUGAAUCAAGUACUAACUACUUUAGACCGAUGAAUUACUCAAAAGCCAUCAACAGCGCAAAGACAUACUAG